UCGUUUCCAGGUUCUUUUUCUUCUUUAUCAUCAUCUCUUUUUGCAAAGGAAUGUUGCUGCUCCACGUCUGUACUGAUGGAGAAGUGGCAGAGAUGCUUAGAGUGGAAAAGAUGUCUGGACUGAGGGUUCUUCUUCGGUUAAAUAACCUGCUCCAAGGAACAUGGUCAUUGUUUCAAUGGAUGUCGGUCUGAGAAGGACAUUAAUUCAAAUUUAGGAGGAGAACUGAUUGAAGGCCAACAAUUCUUCAUUUGGCACCACAAGCAUGGACGCUUGAGUUCCUGAGCUGUCAGCAACAGGAGCUGUUGCUUAACAAUUUAAAUGAAAAAAAUCACUUCACUUCAAUCCACUUGAACUACUCCUUGUUUCUAAAUUAACCUCUGAAGCCUUGUAAAGAUGUUUUCCGCACUUAAGAAGCUGGUGGGCUCAGAGCCAGGCCAGCUCAGGGAUAAGAAUAUUCCGGCUGGCCUGCAGUCCAUGAACCACAGUCUGCAGAGACGUUUUGCCAAAGGAGUGCAAUAUAACAUGAAAAUUGUCAUCCGUGGAGACAGAAACACUGGGAAGAGCACUUUAUGGCAUCGACUUCAGGGGAAGAAGUUUGUGAAAGAGUACAUUCCAACUCAGGAGAUCCAGGCGACAAGUAUCCACUGGAAUUAUAAAACUACAGAUGAUGUUGUCAAGGUAGAGGUCUGGGACGUGGUGGACAAAGGAAAAAGCAAAAGACGAGGGUACAACUUGAAACUGGAGAACGAGUCCCAAGAGUCAGAUGAAAUGGCUCUGGACGCGGAGUUCCUCGACGUUUACAAGAACUGCAAUGGGGUCAUCAUGAUGUUCGACAUCACCAAACAGUGGACAUUUAACUACAUCUUGAGGGAACUGCCCAAAGUUCCCACCCACGUGCCAGUGUGUGUGUUGGGGAACCACAGGGACAUGGGAGAACAUCGAGUCAUUCUUCCUGAUGAUAUACGGGACCUGAUUGCUGGACUGAACAGACCCAUGGGCUCUUCUUACAUCCACUAUGCUGAGUCAUCCAUGAAGAAUGGCUUUGGACUGAAGUAUCUGCACAGAUUUUUCAACAUCCCCUUCCUGCAGUUGCAGAGAGAGACACUGCUAAGGCAGCUGGAGACCAACCAGCUCGACAUAGAUGCCACCCUGGAGGAGCUAUGUGUCCAGCAGGAGACCGAGGAUCAGAACUAUGAUAUUUUUCUGGAGAACUUGGAGUCUCGCAGUAAGACUGGUCCAGCCAAUGGCUCCUCCUCGGGUUCUCAGUCACCCAUUGUACCUCCCAGUGGAGCCUCCACAGGCAGCUCCAGCCCAAGCACUCCUCAGUCACCGGUCUCCUCACAGAUGCUCCUGCAGUCACCAUCUGCUUCUGCCUCCUCACCUCCACCUCCUACAGCAACAGCAGCCACAAGUGGUGCAGCUUCACCCACAGUUGAGUUAAAGCUGUCUGCUCAGUCUCCAGAACACCAGCAGUCCUUAUCAGCUCCUCAGAAACGUGGCUUCAUGUCCCGCUGGUUUGGUUCUUUUCCUACUCCUGAAGCUUCUGCUUUUGCAGCUGAGGACAUCCCUGCUGCUGCUGCUGCUGCUGCUGCUCCAGUGUGCCCUGCUAAAGUCCAGAGUGUUGAUGAUUUUGUCCCAGAUGAAAGACUGUACAAGGGUUUCCUGGAGGACAGCCUGCCCUCAAAGGCCAAGGUUUCUCAGCCAGCUCCACCUGUGGACAGUGACAGUGACGGUGAAGAGCGAGGAAACCCCAUGGUUUCUCAUUUUCAGGAUGAACUGGAUCCUUAUGACACCAAGCCCAGCCUUCCUUCAUCGACGCUGCCACUCACUAAAGACGUCACUCUGACUAGUGAUGAAGAGGAAGAGAAGCAACCUGUACCACACACUGUCACACUGCACCAGGACCUGGAUAGUGAACCUGAAAACCUGAAAACUCCUGUGAUUCAGGUCACCAAACCAAAGGCAGUAUCUAAAGCUUCAGAUAAUAAUGGUCAGACUGCAGCUCCAAUCUCCUUCACAUUAGUUCCUGCUGCUGAGCAGCAGAACCAACACCAAGGCAAGAAAAGGGGAAACUUACCAAGACUUGAAGACUCUGACACUGACCCUGACCCUGAGACUCCAGUCGCUCAGCAGAUGCUCUCCUUCGUCAUGGACGACCCUGACUUCAAGACAGGGGCAUCGGACACACCAAAAAUAACAAAGGAUAUCUUUCCUGUUAGAGACAAUCUUCUGUCGGAUCUUUCUGGCGAUGACAUGAAAUUACUCAAAGUACCAGAACCUCUGAAAACCAGUGCAAUCUCCUUCAAACAAAAGAACGCCAGUGACCUGUUUGGUCUGGGAAUCCAGGAGAAGGUUCCAGCUGCAAAUGAGAGUAGUGAAGAGCAAGAAGAGAAAGAAAGCAAGAAUUUCGAAGAAAAGAAGAAAAAGAAGAAAAAAAGCAAAUAUGUGAAGUCACUGCUGUUCAUUUUUACAGACACGGCUUUAAUGUUAAAAUACUAAACAUCUGUUCUGUUUCUGUUUCUUUUCAGGAGGAUGAGAAGAGCAAAAAAAAACCCAAACACAAGAAAAAGGAGAAAAAUAACUCUGCUGCUACUGCUGCUGCACGAGAUGAGAAAGACAAGAAGAAGAAGAAGAAAUCAAGGACCAAGAAAACAGAGGUGGAUGAACUAGAGGACUUUCUGGGUGGAGGCACAGGAUCCAUUAAAAGAGAUGAUAAUGACUAUGAAGAACUAUAAAAGAAAACUGUUAAUACGGAAAUGGAGCCACAGAACAUCAAGGGGGACUUUAGAACUUUCUAGGACUCCUGGUUCCUGGAAUCUGAGUGUGAGGACAUGAAGUACCAUCUGAAAGCCAUAUGUUAUAGGCUACAUUGUCAACACUUAGGGAAAACAAUGAAAGACUGGUACGUUUGUGUGUCUCUCUUUGUCUAUAAUACUGAUUCUUCUUCCACUCUUACAGUAAGAAAAGUUAAGAAAGUCUAACAUGUACUGUAAAAAUUGUCAGUUUCCCCACAGAUUCUUCGGUUCUUUGAACUCCAAGGUGGUUUAUUCUUUAUUUUUGUCUGAUUUGAUGACACUCUUCUGCAGAUGAGCUGCUGUAAAUACAGUGAAACUUUAGUCUGAAUGUUUGUGUGGUUGGUGUUAUAAUUAAGAGCAUGGUCAAAGUAACCAGACUGACCAAGUAGAAGCGCGUUUGGUGUUAUUUCCUGUGUUCUGUACGAUAAUGUUUCUCAUCCAGAUGGUUGUCUCUGAAUGUUACCAUUUAACUCACUAAAAAUAAAUUUACAUGAGGUGAA